AUGGCGGCGACGAAUCCCAGUGCGCCAGAGGUGACCGUGGAGCAGGUGCCCACCGCGCCCAAUUCCCAGCCUGCACAGAACGAUGCCAUUGUUCCCGCUCCCGCAGCGAUUCCGGAGUCGCGAAUGCCUACUAAGAAAGAUACUUCACUUCGCGAAUUCCUCUCGAAAAUGGAUGACUAUGCGCCUAUCACCGAUCCCCGCCUUGCGCGCCUGCUUGCGCUCGCGACACAGAAAUUCAUCGCCGAUAUCUCGGCCGACGCGUACCAGUAUAGCCGGAUACGCGCCUCCAAUACCAAUGCUAACAACCCCAUGGGUAACCUCGGAGCGGCAGCUGGUUUCCCCAUCCCUGGUCAGCAAGCGGGCGGCGCGCAACCCGGAAAGGAUCAGUCUCGAGGUGGCCCGCUACUGGGCAUUCAGAGGGCGGGUUAUGGUGGUGGAGGAAGCGGUGGGACGGCCAACAGGACAAUUCUAUCCAUCGAAGAUCUCGGCAUGGCGCUGGCCGAGUAUGGAGUUAAUGUCAAGCGGAGCGAGUUUUACCGCUAA